AUGAAGCAGAAAGCUAUCGGUUUUCUUGCUAAAGUAAUUCAUGCAAUACCCGUUGUUCGGCCUCAGGAUCUAGCGACUAAGGGACAAGGACGAGUCACCUUGUUGAAUGCCAAAUCUGAUCCGCUGCGCCUGGUUGGCAUCGAUACCAAAUUCAUGUCGCAAUUACAGCCCGGCCACUCGAUCGUGCUACCUCGCAACGUUGGAAAAAUGGACGUAGCAAAGGUUAUCUCGGACACUGAGAUCGAGUUGAAAUCCGAAGUACGCGAAGAGAAGUCAUUGAAGCUUCUGACAUCGGCUGAAGGAACCGCGUAUAAAUGUCUGCCUCAUGUCGAUCAAGAAGAAGUUUACGACCGUGUAUAUGCCGAAUUAAACAAUGGUGAAUGUAUCACCAUCUUUCCUGAAGGUGGUAGUCACGAUCGUGCAGAAAUGUUGCCAUUAAAAGCUGGUGUCACCAUUAUGGCGUUGGGUGCCAUGGCUAAAUACCCCGGACUGGAUGUGAAAAUUGUUCCUUGUGGAUUAAACUAUUUCCACGCGCAUCGAUUCCGAUCAAGAGCCGUGAUUGAGUUUGGAAACCCGAUUACAGUCGCUCCUGAACUUGUCGAAAGGUUCAAGAAAGGUGGUUCAGAGAAAAGAGAAGCGUGUGGAACCCUUUUGGAUACCAUCUAUUACGGCUUAAAGAGUGUUACUGUAAACGCCCCCAACGAUCAAACUUUGAUGGUGAUCCAAGCUGCUCGUCGUUUGUACAAGCCUGCUAACCGUCGGCUGCACAUUGCACAAGUGGUAGAUCUCAACCGACGAUUUGUGAUCGGUUACAACUUGUACAAAGAUGAUCCCAAAAUCAUCGAACUGCAACGAAACGUGCUCGCAUAUAAUCAGAUGCUUAAAUACCAUGGUCUUCGGGAUCAUCAAGUGCCUGAUAUCAACUUGCGUGAAUGGCGAACUUUCUUUUUGCUUCUUCAACGUAUUUUAAUUCUGAUUGUCUGGGGACUACUAGCAUUUCCAGGUUAUUUUAAAGCUAAAGCGGCCUUGGCAAGCUCAACCGUCAAAAUUAGAGGAAGAGAUGUGCUGGCAACAUGGAAGUUUUUGGUUGGCUUGAUCCUGAUUCCUACGCUCUACGGCUUGUAUACACUGAUUGUGUUUGCUUUUGCCACGAAGACGGAUUGGAGCUGGCUCAAGAUAUGCGUUGUAUCACUCGCUACAUGGAACCUACUACCAUUUGUCAGUUAUGCAAGCAUGCGCUUUGGUGAAAAUGGCAUGGAUGUAUACAAAUCGCUUCGACCGUUAUAUGUCGCGCUGAUUGAUCCAGACAGUACGCAAAAUCUACGACAAAACCGUGAAAAGCUUUCUCAAGAAAUCACUGAAAUCAUCAACGAAUACGGUCCCAAAGUAUUUGGUGAUUUCGAUCCAAACAACGUAUUUCGGAACGACCCUUCAGGCAGCAAAGAGUCUGUCACCGAACUUGGUGAAGGUGGCAAAACAUUCUCACAGAUCGCGAGUCGCUUUUUCAACAGCAAGGCAUUGGACUGGCUGGAUGAUCGUAACAUCUUUAACUUGACAAAGCAGGAAGACGAAGAAGAGGAUGUACUUCAUUUCUUGGAUAAGCACAGUGGUCUGAUAAGUGGUGGGUCAGCAAGUGAACAGAAAUGA